UUUAAUAAAGUCUAUUUUGUAAUCGCUCAGAGCACUCGGUAUUGUCAAAUCAGCGUGGUUUUCCCUAAGGAUCGGUGAAGCGCUUUAUGAUGCUAAUUCCACAUAAUAAUCAGUCUGGCUAGUGGAUCUUUGACUUAGAAUAACUUAAAGAUAUACCUACCGUACGUUGUAUACCGUCAGGCACCGAAUUAUUUCCCCCUCUAGUCCUAGUUGUCCUCUAGGCGCUCCACAAGGGUGGGAUUGUAGCGGUUUCUAAGAGUCUUUGGAUAUUCGUUUAUAUUGGACACGAUCUAGAAUGACAAAGCUAGUGAAUCUUGGAUCCCUCGGCUAUUUUGAGGCCUGAUGGGGUUGCCGAGACAAUUUGUCUCGUACUGCAAUAAGCUAGAUGUGAAACUCAAGGUAGCUAUUGGUUUUGGCGUGGUAUGCGCUGCCGUCCUAAUUGCUGUGUUGAUAGUCCUUGUGUACAAGAUCAUCGUCUUGAGAGCCAUGACUCGUAAGAGUCAGCGGCCUCCCGAAAGGAAGAUAUUCCACCGCGGGCCUUCCUUGAAGGAGAGCGACUUUUCCCGCGCCCCGCAGCAACGACGACAUCGACCACUCAUGAAAACAGACAGCUCUGCUUCUGAUAUCACGAUCGGGGCAUGGCGUGCUGCGAAUCUCAGCCCUUCCAGUGAUUCUAGUGACUGUAAUGGCAACCCAUUUGAGCAAAGUCUGGGCUGCGGUAAGCUGGAGUUUUCGAUAAUGUACGACACGACAUGCGAAUGUCUUCGAGUGCAAGUUCUCAAGGCAAAUAAUCUGAGUGUGCCUGAGGCGACAACAUACGUGGAGGUGUUUCUACUGCCUGACAAGAUUGAGAAAUACCAGACCAAAGUGAAAUACAAGAAUUCCAACCCUGUCUUCAAUGAGACGUUUGAGUUCGAUGUGGCCUUCUCAGAGCUCUCGGAGCGAACCUUACAGUUUUGUAUCAAUGACUAUGACGGUUACUCUCGGCACCAGGCUCUCGGCGAGGUCUUCCACUCGUUUGACGUAAACGUUAACAUGCAAGAGGAUACGGUUGUGAUUUACGAGAAAGAUAUCCGAAGAGAUAUCUUCACUUUUAGGGAGGAAAAUCAAGUACGCAAGGGGGAGGUGUUGUUAUCCUUGUGCUACUUACCCACUUCUGGAAGGUUAACCUUUGUAGUACUGAAAGCGAGGCUAUCGAGUAAAGAAUUUGGAGAUCAGUUACCAAAUCCAUUGGUCAAGGUCUCCCUUAUGGUGUCCGGCCGUCAAAUCAAGAAAACCAAAACCUCGGUAAUGCACGGGACAUUACGACCCGUCUACAACGAAGCGUUCGUCUUCGACAUUCCAGUAGAGCGACUUAGCGACGUCAGUCUGCUAGUGCGCAUGCUCCACAGUGAUGAGAACCGCUGUCAAACGAUCGCUAAAACCGUCGUGGGCCCGGAUUCACAGACGAGCAUUGGUUUGCAUCAUUGGAAUUGUAUGAUGACGUCACCAAGGAAACCAAUCGCGCAAUGGCACCCGCUAUUGAAUAGUUGAAUAUGACGUCAUCUGGUAAAUUGGUGAUAGCAGAUAGCUAUUAUAAUGACAAAUGAUACAAUUGAAUAAUUUUCAAUCUAAAAAGAAAAAGGGGAGAAACGACUGGUUAUUUCAUUCAAGUCAUGAAUUUACUGUCGAAUCCGUUGUAUCGCUACCCGCGUUUUCAAAACACGAUUUGUUUUGGUUGACUGUUCCGUCAGUAAAACCUUUCUGAGCCAAUCACAGUUUCGCUUUGUGCACUUCCCUGGCAUACCUCUGGACGAAAACAGACAGUGUCGCGACAGAAAGCCAGGCAACUGCACUGGGCGAGAGAUGGCAAGAAUCCGAUUAGCCUAGAAUAAUUAGACUGGCGGAACAGAAAAUCCCAAAAGACAAAAACAAAUCGAUAUUUAGAAAAUGAGUUGUCGCGAUACAACCGAUUCGACAGUAAAGUACUAUAAUACUAUUUUUGGUAACAUUUCGUACCAGGACCAUUUUUAAAAAGCUUGACCAUAUUGCCUCCCUUUUAACCAAAAUAAUAAAUCGUUAUGACUGGAACAGCAUUAGCUCAGCUUUUGGCUAUAUUUUACAGGGCCAUUCUUGUGUUCUGUCAGUGUUCUGAUUUCCAAGCUAAAAUAUAUUUUGUACGUUUUGAGCUGCUACAAAAUUUUAAAUUUUUAAAAAACGGUGAAAGGAAAUAACGCAACUCAUUAAUAUUGUGUUAUUAUCAGUCAAGGAAAAAAUAAACAAAUAAUUUGUUACAA